GCGCUGCGCCAGCAGGGAGAGAUGCGCCGCCUCGCACCGCCGCGCCUUGCAGUUGCCUUCCACCUCCACACCUCUCGCACCCCUCCUCGACGCGCGCUGCUUCAUCAAUUCACACAGCGGCCAUGGACCAGCAGGCAUUCCGUGCGCUCCUCUCCACGCCCCGCGCCGGCGCCUCGGGCAGCGGCGCAGCGCCCAGCGGCAGCGGCGCCGGCGCGGCGAGCAGACACUUCGGCGCCGCCAAGCGCCGCCGCGAGCCGGCCGCAUCCACCUCGCAGAUCACCGCGCGCGACCUGGCGCCACGCUCCGUCGCCUCGUCGUCGGCGGCGCCCAAGCGCUCCGCGGCGCCGGCGACGAACAGCGCCACGGGCGAAAAGUACGUCGACCGCGCCACGGCGCGCCGCGAGGGGCGCGACGAGGAGAAUGAGUUCGCCCAGGUCGAGCGCCUCAAGGCCGAGUUCGAGCAGCGCAUGCAGAACGUCGGCGAGGAGGAGCGCGCGGCGCUGGAGCAGCAAAUGGCCUUUCUCGGCGGCGAUGCAAAGCACUCGAUCCUGGUGCGCGGCCUGGAUUACUCUCUGCUGGCACAAGAGCGCGCACGUGCCGAAGGCGGCGACGGCGGCGCUGCCGACGAUGACUUGGAGUCCGCGUACGCCGCUCGUGGCAAGGCCGAGGCCGAGGCCGCUUCUUCUGCCCCUGUGUCGGGAGAGAAGGAGGGUGUCCUGGCAGAGCUCGCGAAGCGCAAGCUGGAGGACUCGUCCGCGAGCAAGUUCCGCCCCAUCGGCGCGAAGAAGGAAGAGGAGGAGAAGCCAGAGUACAUCUGGAAGGACGGCAAGCGCAUGCGCAAGAAGCGCAAGGUUGCGCCGCCGCCGCAGCAAGUGAGCGAGGACGAGCUUGCUGCAGCCGCUGCGAAGGAGAAGGAUGCGAGGCAACAGGCGGCGAGGAAAGAAGACAGCAGAGCCAUGCCGCCACCGCCGCCGCGCAUGUCCGCGGCAUCGCGCGACAAGAAAGGCACAGCACGCAGCGAGCAGACGAGCUCGGCGCAGAAGAGUGACAGUGUCCAGCCGAAGCCUGCUGCAACGGCAGCGGCUCUACCGCCGCCAGCGUCGAAGAAAGCCGAGAGGCCCGAGGAAACGUCUCCUCAAGCCGCUCCGGAGCCGGCGCCUGCACCUCCGCAGCCUGCAGCAGCCGACUCGGACUCGGACGAUGACUUGGAUAUCUUCGCGGGCGCCAGCGAGUGGACCGGCGUGCCCGAUGGCGACUCAGAUGACGAUGGCGGCGACGCCGCGCCGGCCGCAGGAUCCUCGGCUGCACCACCACUUGCUGCCUCGGAGGACGCCGCAUCGGCACCCAAGAAGAGAGAUUGGUUCGCCGGCGUCGGCAGCGCCUCUUCCUCCGAGCCGACACCGGAGGAGCGCAGCGCCACCGAGGCAGGCGAGGCAGGCGAGGCACGCGCACUGAUGGAGCGCGUGCGCGCCGCUGCGCCGGCGGAGGAGGCCGAGGAGCCAGAAGCACGGCCGGGCCGACUGCAGGGUCUCUCGUCCUCGGCCCUGCCCGCCGAGGUAUCGCGCGAGCUGCUGGCGCGCGAGACCGAGGCGGCGCGCAAGCUCGAGGAGAAGAAGGCCGCGGGCUGGAAGAAGGGCAAGAAGAAGGGCAAGGAGGAGAAGAAGGGCGGCGCGGCGGACGACGACGAGUGACGGGUGCGGAGAGCGGUGCAAAUCUAUGAUCCCUG